ACUCUCCUUUUCUCAAAUCUCUUGUGCUUUCCUUUACUCUUCAAUAUGCCAAUAGCUGAGGAAAAGAAUCCAAAAUAUGUACUGUGAAUAGUUAUUUCUUCCAGCACAAUUCAAAUCACUUUAUCAGCACAGAAAGCGAGGCUUAUCUUUCUUUUUUCAUCAUUACAGUUACCAUCUUGAGACUUUUUGUCUCCAUGUCUUUCUCACACUAUUCUUGAACCAUCAAACUAAAUAUAACAAUUACAAUACAAAGUAGAACACACAAGUCUAGGGAGAGAAAAGGGAAAAUGGACUUUGAUCUUGACAACCCUUUAGCCAGCUUCAAAGAACAGCAAAACUGUACUAUAACAGAACUCUUUGCCUCAGAAACUGAUCAUAUGCCCUCACCAAACUGCUUGAACUCAAUACAUUGUGAAGCCAUUUCUCUCAUACUUCAGGUCCAGCAUUCUUGCAAUUUGGAUCCAUUUAUAGCUUAUCUUGCUAUAAAUUACUUGCACCGUUUCAUGUCGAAACAAGAAUUUCCGCAGGGAAAGCCCUGGUUAAUCAGGCUCAUUGUCAUAUCAUGUCUUUCUCUAGCUUCAAAAAUGAAGAACACACAUUUACCAUUUUCUAAGUUGCAGAAAGAGGGUUGUAAUUUCAAUGGUGAAACUAUACAAAAAAUGGAACUAGUUAUUCUUGGAGCUCUGGAUUGGCGUAUGAGGUCAAUUACACCGUUUCCUUUCUUGAAUUUCUUCAUCUCCUUAGCUCAAAUUAAGGAUCGAUCACUUAAAGAUAGAGCUGCAGAGAUAAUCUUCAAUGUUCAUAAUGACAUUAAGUUUUUAGAGUAUAAACCCUCAACUGUUGCAGCAGCUUCCCUUAUCUACGCAUCUUAUGAACUAUUUCCACAGCAAUAUUAUAUUCUGAGAGCUACAAUUACAACUUCUGAGUAUAUAGACCAGGAUACAUUGGCCAAGUGCAUUGAUAUGAUGCAGGAUAUAUGGAGAAAUGAAGUAAAAGGGUCAAUGAAAGAUACAAGCUUUUUAAGCACUGAAACUCCAGUGAGUGUGCUGGAAAGAAGCACCAAAAGGCAGAGAAUUUGAUCAGCUGAGGGAAAUAGUCAUAUUCACUACAUAUGUUAUGUCACUGUUUCCACUCAAUCCUAAAAGUAGAGGACACAACCACACCACAAGACCUUGAUUUGGUGGAAUAUGGAGUUGAACUAUUCAUUCACCUAUGUGUCCUUUGUCAAUAGUUAUAAAAAGAAAAAGUGCAUGUGAUAUGGCAUCAAAUGACAUUCAUAAAUUAAUAGAACAAAUACCACAUAUGGUGUGGGCAGGGAUUGAAGUGGAA